UUGAAUUUGGCGUUAUCACAUCACUGUCGGAGACCGUACCAAAUCUAAAGUCAUACUGACACACAUUCACAGAGACAAAGAAUAUGAAGAUGAAGAUGGAAGAUUCUGUUGCAGCAGUGGAGAAGAUAAUCGGGUACACCUUCAGAAACAAGAACCUUCUAGAAGAAGCUUUAACCCACUCUUCUUACCCCGAAUCCGUUUCCUAUGAACGUCUCGAGUUCAUCGGCGAUGCCGUAUUAGGCCACGCUAUCAGCAACCAUCUCUUCCUCGUUUACACUAACGUUGACCAACGUCAACUCUCUCUCCUCCGUUCCGCCAAUGUCAGCACCGAGAAACUUGCUCGUGCCGCCGUGAGUAAUUGUCUCCACCGUUACAUUCGUCUCAAAACUCAUUCUCUUGCUGAACAUAUUAGAGAGUUUGCUGCCGCGGUUGAGCAAGAGAAGGGUCGUGCUAUUGUUUUGUAUGGUGGAGCAGUUAAAGCGCCGAAGGUUCUUGCUGAUGUUGUUGAGUCUGUUGCUGCUGCUGUUUAUGUUGAUCUUGAUUUUGAUCUUAAGAAAUUAUGGGUGGUAAUAAGAGGUCUUUUGGAGCCAAUAGUAACACUGAAUGAUCUGGAACAAAAGCCGCAACCGGUGACAAUGCUCUAUGAGAUCUGUCAUAAGAAUGGGAAAAAGGUUGACAUAAGACAUUCGAGGAAUGGUGACAAAAGCACUGCCAGUGUCUAUGUUGAUGGAGAGUUGUUUGCCGUGGCUUCCUCUGAUCAGAAGGACAUUGCAAAGCUUGAUGCUGCCAAGAGUGCUGUGCAGAAACUAGAACGUGUACUCCCUAUCACUACCACGACGCCCGACAAUUGUAAAGGCCUAGAUGGUACCUUUGAGAUUGAAGAACCCAAGCAGAAGUUAUACGCACUUUGUGGGAGGAAAAAAUGGCCUACUCCAGUAUACAGCAUUGAGAGAGACGAAGGUACUCCUCAGAACAAGAUAUUUGUCACUUCUGUUCAGGUAGCCACUCCAGAUGGUACACUCAAAAUGUUAGGGGAAGAAAAGUCUCGAGUGAAGGAUUCACAAAACUCUGCAGCUUCCUUGAUGAUUCGGGCCUUACUGCAAGGCCAGUUAGUGUGACAAUUAUUGUAUUUAUUUCAAUUACAUAUGUUAGUCACUAUUAUUUUUAAUAACAUGUUAGUAAUUACUAAAUGUUUCGUUUGGAUUCGAAUUCAUGAUCUCUAACUUCUCAACCCUUAGCUCGAACCAAACCGUAUACAUAUUUAAUACUUGUUUAUUUUAUAAUUAGUAUAAAAAUGUUGCAUUUCACGUGUUUUAAACAAAA